CUGGUUGGAGCCUAGUUGCUGCAUCCGUAUCGAUAGGCUAACGUCGCGCUCGCAUUCGUGCUCGUGUUGUCUUCCUACUACAUAUACGGCGACGUGCUCGUUGUCUCCUCCAUCUUUCUCCUCCGACAACCCAUCCGCUCGCCCACAGAGUACCCAACUCAAACUUACAGACACCCAUCCCCAAAUUGAUCACUCGUAUUCCGCCUCAGACUUGAAGCAUCCAGACUUUUCUCGUUCUUCGCCAUUUUGCCCCUUACCCACCGGCUGCCAACGAUUAUCUGCAAAAGCUCGGCAGUUUCUCUCUGCGGAUAGACUCGCCCUCAGUCAAACGGCGAAAUCCACAAGACAUCCCUCCGUUCCCUUCUUCCCCCCUCCUCCGUUUCACAGGUUUUUACAGCUUACUCGCAAGAUACUCAAGAUAGCUCGAGGUUUUUUUUACAGGUUGACUUGCUCUGGGACGGUCACCGGAACCUCACCUUGUCUUCCUUCCCCUUCUUUUUCCUUUACAGCUGUUUACAGGUUACGCGCAAGAUACUUGGCAUAGGCUUGAGCGUUUCUUUUACAGGUUACCGUCUCAGACUUUGACGUACAUCGAAAGUAUCUAUUCGUCGUCUUCUCAUCGUGCUUCACUUUCCACCUCUCUCUGUUUACCUACUGGUAUCGCUAAGCAGUACCUUUCAGUUAUGACCGAUCAGGCUCGCCUUGACACUCAGUGGCAAAAACUCGGCGAAACUUGCAUUCACUCUGCUCAAUUCGACUCCCAUGAGCGUCGGCCAUUCUCCCAGUGCCUCCCAGGUACUCGUGGCCACCUACUCAACACCCUCCGCACCGCCAUUAGGACUCAGACCAAGAAGAUCAUCUGGCUCUCGGGCGAGUCCGGGUCCGGCAAGUCCGCCGUGGCCCACACGCUAGCUCAGGAGCUCCACGCUAGCGGCGCGCUUGCGGCGUCGUUCUUCUUCUCCCGUCGACACCCUCUUCGCAGUAAAUCCGACAAUUUCAUCUCUACAAUCGCAUAUCAGCUCGGUCUCCACCAUCGACAUGCCAAAGAGAUUAUCACCAAUGCACUUGCGGAUGAUCCCUUUCUGCUUCGGCCGGAACGCUCCCGGACCGAGCAGUUCACUCGGCUCGUCCUCGAGCCGCUGAGGGCGCUCAGACUUAUCUGGAAAGAUGCAGGAAAGGUAGCAGUCAUGCUCUUUGACGCACUUGAUGAGUGCGAGCCAGGCGAAAGCAAUGAUAGUCUCCGCGAGCUAGUCGACUUCUUUGUCAAGGCACUUCAAGACGAAGGCAUAGCUAAUUUCCACGUGGUGGUAACGAGUCGUCCCUAUUCUCACAUUCAGGACGUCUUGGCUAGGCCGACCCUUGUUUUACCGUACGUCAUGGAUGACUUUGACGCCAGAGAUGAUAUUGAGCUCUACCUGGAAACGUCUUUCAACGAUCUCAGGUGUAUCCCUCACUUCUCUCUUCCAAAGUCAUGGCCAUCAAACGCUGAGCUCCAGCUCCUUGUGGAUCGUGUGUCUCGUCGUUUCAUCGUUGCUUCAACAGUUAUCAGGCUGCUAAAGCAGAAGCGGCCAUCCGACGUACGGCGGUUUCUCGCUACGCUGUUACAGACGCAGCAAUUAACUAGCAAUAUCGACGAGCUAUACCGUCACGUCAUUAACUCGUCAGGGCACAGUUCGACCGGCACAUCUCUACUUGUCUGUAUCUUAUCGCUGUACCAACCACUAUCUGUUCAUGAUCUCUCAUCCCUCGUUCAAUACGAUGUCCGCCCCAUCCUUGACUCCAUGGCUGCUAUUGUUUAUGUCCCACGUGAUGGUUCUAACGAGCCCGUCACAACAUAUCACACGUCGCUGCGCGACUUCCUUUGGGACAAGUCACGGACCCAGGCGCUAUAUUCCAGUCCUGCCGCUGCUCACUGCUCCCUCACUACCAUUUGCUUAGAGCUCAUGGAUGGACCGCUCACUAAAGAUAUAUGUGACUUUGGUGAUGCUUCACGUCUACACACUGAGAUUGAGGAAUUUGCAGCCAAGAGAGACGAGAAAAUCUAUCCUGCCCUGGCAUAUGCUGCGAGGUUCUGGCUCCACCACCUUUGCGAGUCACCGCCCGAUCGUCGAAUGCAAUACCUUCUUUCAUUGUUCGUCAAGGAGCACAUGCUCCAUUGGAUUGAAGUAGCGUCCCUGACAGGCGUUUUCGGCCACUGUAUUGCCGCUCUGUUUCGAGCACUUUCACACAUUAAA